UGGUCAUUGCAGAAGUCUGAUCUUGUCAGUGAGGCACUACAAAGGAUGAAUUUGGGUAAAUUCCAGCCUCUGCACGCAGAGGAUUGCGUGCAUCUGGAGGGAGAGGAGGAUGAAAGCUUGGUUUUAAAGCAAAGAAUGCUGAGCGAUGGAGAUCCAGGACCUUUCUGGUGUUAGUGACUUCUUGUGUUGUCACACAAGCCUGUUGGCCCAAGUGCCUCGUCCGGAGUACCCUUCUUUCUAGUGUUUGGGGUUUUUUUGUGCGCUAACUCUUAUGAGCACUAACUCAGUAGCGAGUGAGGUUUUCAAGACAAUAUCCCUUAACCGAAGUGUUUGCAAGUUCCAGACUAUUGGGGUUUGAUGAUGCAGGCAGCAUUUGCUGUUGAAUAGCAAUAAUGUUCACAUACCAAGACAUACCAGGCUAGUACUGAUUAAUUUUGUGCUUUAACUAAAGUGCUAGCAUGAGGAAGAGCUCAGGUUUAGCACUGUGGCUACAAGCAAUGCAGAAAGUGAUGGAGCAAGGCCACUGAGGCAGAGUUGUGCUCGCAGCAGAAAGUGGCAGUAUCGGAAGCUUUACAUGCUCUGCGCCUUCCCUUCCAGAACCUUCCUUGCUGAUGUGGUGGUGGUGAUGAUGAUGAUGAUGUGUGCCCAGCUCUCACCCACAGUACAUCCAAUGUGAGAAGGAAACCGCCAAGUUCAAUGCAAAGACUUCACUGCCAGUAUAAAUUUAUUUCAAUUUCAAAAUUUUGAGAAGAAACUGAUGAGACUUCCAUGUCUCUACCCAUUCUUGAGGAGCUCAGUUUUUUGUUAACCAGUAUACACUCAGCUAUGGCUGGGAGUAAUGCAGAGGAAAGAAAAUCAUAUUGCAAUAACGAGUUAGAGCUAUUGGCAGCGGCGGUGAGGUGUGGGGUAGUUGAAGGAUGACGCCACGGUGUCCUUCUUCCCGCGCCGUCCCCCGCCAUCAGCCCCGCCCGCAGGACGUCACGCCUCUGGCACCGCCCCCGCUAAGCCUCGAUUGCGACGGGAGGGCAGCGCUGCCCAAUCAGACGCCGUGUCGGCCGCGUUGCCGUGCGGAGGCCGUGCGGGCGUGGGCGGGCCGAGGGUGGUGUCUGUAGCCAAUUGGGGCAGCCGACGGCGCCGCGAAGGGGCGGGGCCGCUGGCGGGAUGGCGGCGGCGAUGGCGAGCGUGGCGGAGCGGGCGGUGCUGGAAGAAGAAUUUAAAUGGCUUUUACAAGAAGAGGUCCAUGCUGUUUUGAAACAGCUGCAGGAUAUUUUGAAGGAGGCCUCUCACCGGUUUGCCCUGCCCACCAGUGGCUCAGGAGGAGCCGUCAAGCAGGAGAACUUUGUGCUGAGCACAUCGGGCACAGACCAAGUGAAAGGUGUGUUGACGCUGCAGGGAGAUGCCCUGUGUCAAGCUGACGUUAAUCUGAAAAUGCCCAGAAAUAAUCAGCUCCUGCACUUUGCAUUUCGGGAAGACAAGCAGUGGAAAUUGCAGCAGAUCCAGGAUGCUAGAAACCAUGUUAAUCAAGCUAUUUACCUGCUUAUGAACAGAGAUGUAAACUACCAGUUCAAAACAGGCUCGGAGGUUCUCAAGCUUAUGGAUGCUGUGAUGUUACAGCUCUCAAGAGCCCGAAAUCGGCUUACAACUCCAGCGACUCUGACUCUACCAGAAAUUGCCUCCAGUGGUCUCACAAAAAUGUUCACACCUGCUCUGCCUCCAGAUAUCCUUGUGAAUUUCUAUAUCAACCUGAAUAAGCUGUGCCUGACUCUCUACCAACUCCAUGUGCUGCAGCCCAGCACAACCAAGAACUUCAAACCUGCUGGAGGGUCCAUUUUACACAACCCUGGAGCCAUGUUUGAGAUUGGCAACCAGCGGUAUGAAGUCAGCCAUGUUCAUAAGGUGGAAUGUGUUGUCCCAUGGUUAAAUGAUGCCCUUGUCUUCUUCACAGUUUCACUGCAGCUUUGCCAGCAACUGAAGGACAAGAUCUCCGUUUUCUCCAGUUACUGGAACUACAGGCCAUAUUAAUUUUCUGUGGAGUAUCCAAGCCCUUACAGCACUUCCAGUGUCUCCGUUUGUUUUCUACAUGCCAGCUGAGUCCAGGUCAGCCUGAGGAGUGCUGUGGUUCACUACUGUGUGGCCCUCCAUCGGGUAGGGUCAGUGUAUCCAGAGACACAACCUUAGUAGCCUUGUCUGGGACUGCUGCAUAAGCACUGCACCAAGAAAUGCUGUGUGGUUGGCAAGAGCUUCCACCUGUCUUUGUUCUCAUGUGCGUUGUGUGGCUUACACUUUCCGAGCCUCUAAUGAAUUACAUUAGUCCAUUACAAGGAAUGGGGAGCUGUGGAUUCUCACUAACUGUAUUUGCAAACAGUGCUGUAACUAACUGCUGGCCUGGGAGGUGGCUGGGAAGGGAUGAAGACAGACUAAUGUAACACAUCACAAAAAGCGUAGGGCAUGUUGCUCCAUGUAUGUUGUUGUGAUCUGGUCCGGUUGUGGUUAUGACCUGCCCUGAGCUUCUCCCUCUCCUAUCUGUUCUGUCCAUGCCCAUGUUAAUUGAUUCCCCUUUGGGGAUAUUCUUACCUGCUGCUGUUUGAACUCUUUUUUUUCCCUGGCAUUAAUGUGAUAAUAUUUUUUUUUCCAAAGCCCUAGUUGGGCCAAUUGAUUUUUUCCAGGUUUAGUAUCUUGUUUUCACUGCCAGCCUUUGGAGUUGCCUCGGUACCUUGAGCAGAGCUGUGCAGUCUCACAUCCUGUUAUUAAACCCAAAGUGAGUACCACAUUGUUCCUACAACUUGCUGCCUACCUAUAGAUGCUACAGUAUGUAACUCAUCCCUCCAGACAUUAAUUACUGUGAAAUAAAGAUCCUCAGACCUGCCAUGCUCCUGUGGGCUGUCAGUGCUGAGAAUGAAAGAGUAUCAAAGAUUAUGUGCUGUCUUAUAAGUGAGUGGUUGUUCUGAGUUCUGCGUGCUGGAUAACUGUUUGCCUUACUUGGAGGACAGUAGUGGUCUCUGCAGGCAGAGCCGGGCAGCUCUUUGAAGGCUGGGCCUAGUUUAUGUAGCCUCAGCUGUCUGACACCCGAGUACUACCUGAAGUGCUUUUCCCUUGAUGCUCAUGUUUAAAGGGGCUGUAGGUAGUGAGACUGGGUUGGUUCAUGGAGCUGGCUGUCAAGUGAUGAGCAAGUACACUUGCUUGGUUCCAGCUAGCCCUGUCCAGCCUGUGUUUCUGGUGGCUUUCCUCACUGGAGUACCUUACCGAGGAGCCUACAUGUGUGCUGAGGUGAAGACUUGUACUGGGUUUGUGUGGCAAGGUUUUGGUAGCAGGGAGGGUGGCUUCUGUGAGAAGCUGCUAAAAGCUUCCCCCAUGUCCGAUAGAGCCAAUGGCAGCCAGCUCCAAGACGGACCUGCCACUGGCCAAGGCUGAGCCCAUCAGCAACAGUGGUAGUGCCUCUGUGAUAACAUAUUUAAGAAGAAAAAACAACAACCUCGGAGAGCUUUUGCAGCCAGAGAGAGGAGUGAGAUGUGAGAAACUGCAGACACCAAGGUCAGUGCAGAAGGAGGGGGAGGAGGUGCUCUAGGUACCAGAGCAGAGAUUCCCCUGCAGCCCGUGGUGAGGCAGGCUGUCCCCCUGCAGUCCAUGGAGGAAGGAUGAGGGGGUGUAGAGAUUCCACCUGCAGCCCAUGGAGGACCCCACGCUGGAGCAAGCUCCUGGCAGGACCUGUGGAUCCGUGGAGAGAGGAGCCCAUGCCAGAGCAGGUUUGCUGGCAGGACUUGUGACCCCGUGGGGGACCCACGCUGGAGCAGUUUGCUCCUGAAGGUCUGCACCCUGUGGAAGAGACCCACGUUGGAGCAGUUCAUGAAGGACUGCAGCCUGUGGGAAGGACUCACAUUGGAAAAGUUGGUGGAGGACUGUCUCCCAUGGGAGGGACCCCACGCUGGAGCAGUGGUAGAAUGUGAGGAGUCCUCCCCCUGAGGAUGAAGGAGCAGCAGAAACACCGUGUGAUGAACUGACCGUAACCCCCAUUCCCCAUCCCCCUCUGCCGCUGAGGGGGGAGGAGGUUGAAGCCGGGAGUGAAGUUGAGCCCGGGAAGAUGGGAGGGGUGGG